CGCACAAAUGUUUUGGGAGAUGCGUUUGAGCGGCUCAAACAACUGCGAUUGGCAUAGCUGAAGCGGGAACAUGAAGCCUGCUCUUGGGGUACUUUUACCGUGCCUGGUGCUGUUGCUCCCCUCCGCAGCACUGCCGAGAAAAGGGAGCCCAGGGGAAAGGGUCUCCCCUGCUGACACGCUGGAGCUGAGCCUCUCGGAGGAGCUGGGACUUGAAGCAGAGGAGAGAAAAAGAGAAAAUGCAAGCACGCAGGCCAGAGUGGGACCCAGCUCAUUGGCGAGAUCGAAGAGGACCGCUGCUACCCGCCUCUUCUCCAAGACAGAGCCAGGAGCAGGGUGCCUGCAGACGAUGCCUGUGGAUGGGGGCAUUGGCUGGGCUGGCUCCAGCCUCCACCCCUGGCCUCUGGGGGGGCUGGAGGGCCCGGUGUGCAGGAUGAAGAUGGACCAGGACCAGGACAGGGGCCCGCCGAGCCACCUGGAAGUUGUGGGUGUUCUCACCCACUACGAAAGUGGCUUCAUCAAGCUGCUGAGGCAGCGUGCUGGCUGGGACCGGAGCGGCCUCGCAACCUUCGGGCUGUGCCCGGCGGGGGACGCGGGCGCUGCGCUCCGGCCCCUCCAGCACAUCCAGGAGCACCUGGCGGAGCCGGGGCAGGACCGGUUCCUCGUCCUGCGCCUGGAGGAAGUGAAGUGGGAAGCCCAGGCCAGGCUGUGGUUUAAGCUGGUUUUCCAGGAGGAGGUGGGGCGGUCGCUGGGUGAGCUGCGGUUCGCCCUGCUGCUCUUCUACCCGGGCAGCCGAGAGGGGAGAGGCACCGGGAACUACGAGGAGCUGCUGGCUGAGGGCACAGGGCUGGCGCAGGAGCAGAGCCUCUGCCUCGCCAGGGACACCCAGUACCUGGUCCUUGGAGCCUCGGUAGCAUCCGUGACCCGCAGCAGCGAGGAGCUCAGCUUCCAGACGUCCCUGGCCAUCAGGCAUCGCGGCGAUGGAGGUGCCCUCCUGCCCCCCACGGAGGCCCAGCAGCUCCUCUUUGGCUCGGACAACAAAUGCUUCACCAGGAUGACCCCCGUGCUGCUCCUGCUGGUGAAGUCACAGCGAGGGCACGAUGCUUCAGUCCGUUCCUCCUACCUCUCUGCCGAUGGGGUGGUGGAUGUGGCUCCCUACCCACAGCUCAGCCCACCCCAGCCUGAGACCGUGGAACUGCUGCCCUCCACCGCUCCCAGCCAGGCCAACGCCUCGUCCCUGCCCCCCGGCGACAGCGGGCAGUUCCUGGGCAUGCUGACCCGCUUCAUCCGCCGGGUGCUGAGCCCCUCCAGCGAGCCGCCCACCCAGCCCAGCUCCCACCACUGGCUGGACUUCCAGAUGAUGGAGACGCUCCCUCACCAGCUGCUCAACCUGUCUGAGACGGCGGCGCUGGAGCGGCUGGUGCAGUCGGAGGAACCCUCGGUGCUGCUUUUCCCCCAGGAGGGCAGCGCCGGGCUGGAGCAGCAUUUUGGGGACUGGCAGCCGGAGGGGACCGUGCUGCAGCUGCUGAUGGGCAAGCUGCAGGUGGUGAUCCAGGAGCUGAGGGACAUCCCGGCGUUCCAAGCCAACAUGGGGCUUUUCCAUCACCUCCUGAGCUUCUGCUACUACCCGCCAGGGCCAGGCACGGGCAGCGCGGGCGAGCGGCCGCCCGGAUCUGGGAAGCUGCACGCGCUGCUGCUGCUGAAGGCGCUGCAGACGGUGCGGGCACACUGGCAGGAGCGGAGGAAAGUCCUGCGGCAAAACCGCAGCGCCCGACACCAGGCCCACUGCCGGCUGCAGGAGCUGACCAUCGACCUGCACGACCGCAAGUUCAUCGUCAUGCCCACCGUGUACACGGCCAACAACUGCGAGGGUCCCUGCAAGCUGCCCCUCUCCACCCGCGUCCCCAGCUACUACUCGCACACGGUGCUGCUGCUGGGCAUGCAGGAGCGGGGCUCGCCCCUGCAGCGCGCUCCCUGCUGCGUGCCCGUCCGCUACUCGGACCAGCUCAUCAUCAGCGUGUCCAGCCAGGGGCUGGAGGUGCGCAAGUUCCCCAACAUGGUGGCAGAGGAGUGCGGCUGUCGGUAGAGGCUCCUGCCCACGGCCCUGGAGCACCCUUGCAGGUUUGCUUCUCGCCGAGACGUGAGCACCCCUCCGCACGUCUUUUCCUCUUGGUUUGCCUUGCUAGCAUUGUUCUGGUUCUGAGUUUGCAGCCUUGCUACUCCCUGGAGGGCUGCCAGCCUCCUGCUGCUUCCCUGCUCCACCUGCGGAGGCUGGGGAUGUCCAAGGUGCCUGGAGGCUGGGACUGUGGUCUGGUUCUGACCCUCAGCAGGGUUUGGGCUGGGUAUGGGACGUGCAGGGCAUCAGAGGCAGGGCAAGCCUGGUCCAGUUGGGGCCGCAUCUAUUUAUCCACUGCUGCCGUGGCUGCUGCCCCUCAGCCUCCCUGCAGCCUCCCCUGGCUGUUCUGAGCCAGCCCAUGCCCACCACUGACCUGCGUCCCUCCCUGUGCUCUCAGGGGCAAAACAAGCAGCAACCCCCCUGUACCCACCAGCUUCAGCUCUGCCUUUCCCCAGGGACCCAUUUCCAGAUGUGGCAACAGCCACGGCGUGGGGGUCCCUGCUGGGUGACCCCGGCAUCAUGGCCCUGCUGUCACCGCUGUCUGGGGCACGGCAGAGGGAGGGGAAAGCUCUGGGGUGGGGGUGAUCCCAUUACGCGUCCUGCCCUUAGCAGCAGUGGGUGCAAACCGCAGCUGCCCCUUGGCAGCAUGUCCCCUCCCCGGCGGCUGCC